UCGGGCUUCCGAGUGCUAGCUUUGCUUUGCUCCCCCGCGGGUUGCAGUGCGUUCAAAGUUGCUCGUCUUUCUGAGCACCGAGAGCGAACAAAUGACUUUUGUGCGGGUCACUUAGCAAAUUUGUCAAGUGUUUACGAGCGCGAGGCCCACAAAGCUGGUCGCCAUGAGGAGUAGGAGCAACUCGGGCGUGAAACUGGACAACUAUGCCCGGAUCGUGCAGCAAACUAUCCUGCAGCACCAAGAUCCCGUCACGGGCCUUCUGCCCGGAAGCAGCGAGCAGCCGGACGCUUGGGUCCGGGACAACGUUUACAGCAUCGUGUCCGUGUGGGCGCUCAGCCUGGCCUACAGGAAGAACGCCGACAGGGAUGAAGACAAGGCCAAGGCCUACGAACUGGAGCAGAGUGUGGUGAAGCUAAUGAGGGGAGUCCUGCAGUGCAUUAUGAGGCAGCUGGACAAAGUGGAGAGGUUCAAGUACAGCUGCAGCACGUCCGACGCGCUCCACGCCAAGUACAACACCAGGACCUGCGCCCCCGUGGUCGGGGACGGCCAGUGGGGGCACCUGCAGGUGGACGCCACCUCGCUCUUCCUGCUCUUCCUGGCGCAGAUGACGGCCUCCGGUCUUCAUAUUGUCUACACGCAGGAUGAAGUGGACGUAGUGCAGAAUCUCAUGUUCUACAUCGAGGCGGCUUACAAAGUGGCCGAUUAUGGGAUGUGGGAACGAGGGGACAAAACCAACCAGGGCAUCACCGAGAUCAACGCCAGCUCCAUCGGCACGGCCAAGGCAGCUCUGGAGGCUCUGGACGAGCUCAACCUCUUCGGCGCCAAAGGUGGACCUGGAUCGGUGGUCCACGCCCUGGCCGACGACAUCCAGCACUGCCAGUCCAUCCUGACCUCCAUGCUCCCAAGAGCAUCCAUCUCCAAAGAGGUGGAUGCCGGCGUCCUGGCCAUCAUCUCCUACCCCGCCUUCGCCGUGGAGGACAUGAACUUAGUCGACAUGACCAAGGAGGAGAUCAUCUCCAAGCUGCAGGGUCGUUACGGCUGCUGCAGGUUCCUCCGAGAUGGGCACAAAACUCCAAAAGAGGACCCCAACCGUCUGUAUUACGAGUCCGCCGAGCUCAAGUUGUUUGAGAACAUCGAGUGCGAGUGGCCUCUGUUCUGGACCUACCUCAUCCUGGAUGGAAUUUUCAUCAACAGCCCCGAGCAGGUGCAGGAGUACCAGGACGCUCUGGAGGGCAUCUUGAUCAAGCGGAAGGACGGAAUACGACUGCUCCCCGAGCUUUACAGCGUCCCGCCGGACAAGGUGGAGGAGGAAUACGUGAAUCCUCACACUGUAGAGCGGAUUCCCAUGGGGAAGUGUCCCCUAAAGUGGGGACAGUCUCUUUACAUUCUGGGAAGGCUUUUAUCUGAGGGUUUUCUCGCUCCCGGAGAGAUCGACCCUCUGAACCGUCGCUUCUCCACCAUCCCCAAGCCCGACGUGGUGGUGCAAGUGUCCGUGCUGGCUGAGACGGAGGAGAUUAAAGAGCUGCUGCUGAAACACGGCAUCCACGUGGAGACGGUGGCCGACAUCCAUCCCAUCCACGUGCAGCCUUCCAGGGUGCUCAGCCACAUCUACGCCCGACUCGGUCGGAACCCCAGACUGGGUUUGACGGGACGGCCCUACAGGAGGAUCGGAGUGCUGGGAACCUCCAAGUUCUACAUCAUCAGGAACACCAUUUUCUCAUUCACGCCUCAGUUUCUGGACCACCAGCAGUUCUACCUGGCCCUGGACAACAAAAUGAUCGUGGAGAUGCUAAGGACGGAAAUUUCCUACUUGUCGUCCAGAUGGAGGAUGACGGGAAGACCCACCGUCACGUUCCCCAUCUCGCAGACGAUGCUGACUGAGGACCACGCUAACCUGGACCCCGCUGUGCUGGGCACCCUGAAGAAACUACAGGACGGCUACUACGGAGGAGCAAGGAUCCAGACUGGAAAGCUUUCGGAAUUCCUGACCACGUCGUGUUUCGCUCACCUCAGCUUCUUGGAUGGUAAGGCCUCAGGCAGCACGGGCAGCCGUGCCGAGGACGCGUUUGACGAUGCUGACGGCGAGGGAUACGUGCAUGAGUUGGGCUGUGACGACGAGGCCGAUGACCUCGCUCAGUACCUGGACCACCUCUUGGCCCACGCGGCCCCCAAGGAGCUCAAAACGAAGUUGGGAGGGCUGGGGAAGUUCAAGGAGGCCGCCACCAAAACAAAAGAGAUGGUGACCCUGAGGAACAAGGCCCAGGGUCUCAACGUGCAAGAAGUCAACAUGUACCUGCCCAAUAAGCUGUUUCGCUCUCAUCAACCGUCCCUCAACCUGAACCUUCCGGAUUCUUCCGCACUGCCAGACAGUCAGGUCCCGGAAGUGACGGUGACGCCCGAGAGCGGCGUGCCGCGGGACGCCGGCGGAGCCGUGGAUUACCACGCUCUGGCGCGCCUGCUGAAAGACACGCAAAAUCUGCACGACCAAGCCGACAUCCUCUACAUCCUCUUCAAGGACAAGGGCAUGGACUGGGACACUGGUCUGCACAGCAAAGGCAUCACGGUGCGUUCGCUGCUCACCGACCUGUACGAGAAGGCCGGCGAGCUGAAGAACUGGGGGCUCAUCAGGAUGAUCUCUGGCAUGUUGAGGAAGAAGGUGGAGGAGCUGGACUCGGCCUGCUCCGAUUUGCUGGCCCACCAGAAGCACCUGACGGUGGGUCUGCCCCCGGAGCCCAGAGAGAAAACCAUCACGGCUCCCAUCCCCCUGGACCAGCUGGCGGCCAUCAUCGAAGAGGCCAGCGACAACAACAUCAGCGUGGCCAUUCUCACCCAGGAGAUCAUGGUGUACCUGGCCAUGAGCAUCAGGACGCAGCCCAACCUGUUCAGCGAGAUGUUCCGCCUCCGCAUCGGGCUCAUCAUCCAGGUCAUGGCCACGGAGCUGGCCCAGUCGCUCAACUGCUCCGGGGAGGAGGCCACUGAAAGUCUGAUGAGUCUGAGCCCCUCGGAGCUGAAGAAUCUCCUCCACCACAUCCUGAGCGGGAAGGAGUUCGGCGUGGAGCGGAGCGUGCGAGACGCCGACGGCGGUGUCAGUCCGGCCAUCUCCAUCCAUCACCUCGGGAACGUGGGCGCCACCAAGAGCGAGAGGGCGGGAAUCAGCAAGCUCAAGAGCGACAUGAAGAUGCUGGAGCAGAGGUUGUCUCUGAGUGGGCCCAGUCAGGCGGAUCGCAGAGUGUCUUUGACAGACGCAGUCAAGCCGGACCAGAGCGCGACGCCUGCCCGCAAGAGCCUCCGAUCUCACUCGCUGGACAUCGGCAACAUCGAGUCAGGGAGGUACAGACUUCCCUCCAUCGAGUCGCUGGACAUUCCGGAGAGCAGCUCGGCCGCCAAGGACACGAGACACGGGCAGUGGCUGCGCAGGAGGCGCCUGGACGGCUCGCUCAACCGCGUCCCCGUCGGCUUCUACCAGAAAGUCUGGAAGAUUCUGCAGAAAUGUCACGGCCUGUCCAUCGAGGGCUACGUCCUCCCGUCUUCCACCACCAGAGAGAUGACACCCGGUGAGAUCAAGUUCUCGCUCCACGUGGAGACGGUGCUGAACCGCGUGCCGCAGCCCGAGUACCGCCAGCUGCUGGUGGAGGCCAUCUUGGUGCUCACCAUGCUGUCCGACGUGGACAUCCCCAGUAUCGGCUCCAUCGUCCACGCCGAGAAGAUCGUACAGAUCGCCAACGACAUGUUCUGCAAAGAUCAGAGCGACCUGGGCGCAGACGAGCACAUGCUGGAGCGCGACCCGUCCACCGGAGUGUGCAGGCUGCUGUACGACAGCGCCCCCAGCGGGCGCUUUGGGAGCAUGACCUAUCUGACCAAGGCGGUGGCGGUCUACGUGCAGGACUUCCUGCCCGGCGGCGCGUGCGCUGUCCAGUGACAGGACGCGACGCCGGCGCAUUUCAACUUUUAUCUCAUUCAGACUUCUUCAACGAAGCGCAACAAACGCGUGCCUUAAAUAUCGGCGAUAUAUUCAACUUUUAUCCCCCCCAAAAAUAUUGAAAGCAGUAAUGUCUUGGUAAAAAAUUAAAAGCACAAAACACAUUAGAAAAGUCAAUUUUGCAUAAGAUCUCUCCUUUAACGAUGCUUCAAAAGUUGUUGUUUUUCUAGACGUAUGUGAAGCUAUGGCUGCAUUCUUUUAUUAUGCAUGACUGAUAAAAGUGCGGUUCCAUCAAAUAGUUUUCGAGUCAUAGUAUUCAUGAAUAAUUGUUGCUGCUGCCAGACUCCAGACUUUAUUUCAACUGAUUCAUUUCGUAUAGUUUGAGUAAAUCUUGUUGUGAGGCAAUAGAAUGAACCUUGUGACAAUUUGAGUUUCUCCCCUUAACUACAUGUAUUCACAUGCUGAUGAUUUAUGAAAACGGCUUGAGAGAAUCAGUUGCGCGAGCUUCCGAAACGCGGCACUUACCCGAUUGCUCAGUGACGACGUCGGCGGGGGCGGUUCGACUCUGCUUCCUGCAAAGAGCACAUCAUAAAGAAAUAUGCAGUACUUCAUCCUGUACAUAUGAACGCAUAUUGAAAUAUAAAGUCAUAAUGUAUUUGAAGUCCUAAUUAAGGAUGAUCGUGAUGUUUCUAAUCAUUUGUUUACGCAGGUGUGUGCUGUGUACCUAAUAAAUCAAUAUUUUAAAAAUU